CGCCGAAGUUCUGCUGGAAUUGCUCAAGCUGGUGCCAGGUUGUGGAUGAUACCACAGUGAGCUUCCUCAAUUCAAGGGACUCAAAUAAUUCAUCACGUCUGCUUCGUUCAUCCCAAUCGGAAAUACUGCAGGUCCUAGCUCAUCAGAACCCCUCGCGAUUCGUCCUAAUCUCAGCUCCCGAAACAAAAUGAACGUCGAGUUCCAGGGAUCACUCUUCAACCUCGAGAACAAACUCAAUGUCCUCAUCACUAGCCUCACAACCUCCCCAACAGCUGCAGGGGCGCCUGCCGCCGCGGUCGGCCUAUUAGACGCAGACGACUCGUUGACCUCCGCCGUCGAAACCCUCCGGCAACACCAGCAGAACUACGCCAAAUUACUACGGCUGCGGGAAGAGGCCCAAGCUUUGGAGGAAAAGGUUAAGAGCAUCGUUCGCGAGGUUGUAGCCUACGAGAAGGAAAUUCGAACGACUUGUGGGGACGAUGAAGAAAGCGAUAGCGAUCUGGACUGUGAAGAUGAUUCCUCCGACAAUGACUUGGACGAGGACACGAGUGGCGAUAAACCUAGGUCUGGUGGGAUACGCGGCAUCAAGGAGGUGGACUACAAGCUACUCCUGGACUUUGCGCGGAGGAUCAGCAAAUACAACCAUCAAGCAGCCGCUGAUGCUGCAGCGAAUGCGGAGGCCAGAUCACGGGAGAAACUGCAAGACAAGGGACCUGAUUCGGACAUAAUGGGUGCGAAUGGCAACACGGACGAGGCAGCGGAGCCGGUCGCAACUGUCACUAAAGAGGCGACCAGUUGGCUUGAUGAAUCCGCGAAUAUGACUCGCCAGGCGUACAUGUUACCAUACCCGAUGGAGGAUCGCAUUCGAAUGGGGCUGAUGGCACAAAUACAAAUUGCCGCUGCUGAGGGCCGAUCGGGCUUUGACCCAGAGAAGGAAGUUGAACGUCUAAUACGUGAGGCUGAGGGCGUUGGAAUCGCGGAUGCGGUGCCCCCGGUAGACGUAGGCGAAGGUGCUCGUCAUGCAGAUGAGGCCGCGAAAGCAGCAGCACACGCUGGGUCUGCGGCAACAAGCGGACCGACGAUGGGAGCUGCACUAGCACCCAAACCCAAGGCUACCCUGGACCUGGACUUGUAUGACCCGGAUGAGGAUGACGAGUGAUGCGACGGGAUCUACGAGCAAUAAUAUACGCAGAUCUGAGAUAAUAUUUUAACAGCAGGACUGUUUCUCAUUCGUCUUCAGACAAAGAACAAACCACUGGUUCAUCGCACUACAUCCUGUGCACGGAGGAUUUGGCCGUCCACUUCCGCAAACGCUUUCCAUAAAAGUAAAAGGGAAUCGCAAAGAGACACCAUAGAACCGCUAGCGACAUGUUCAA